ACCCUUCUAUAAUCUUUCACACACAUUUUUCUUUCUUCUCAUCUCCUCUUCUUCAAUUCUUUUCUUCAUCUCUACAAAAAUAUCGACUAUUAGUAUCACGUUGUUAAUCACUGGUUGGUUUAUUUCCAUCAAUGGGUUCUGGGUUUUCCGCUGCCAAUAACGACGGAUCUCCGACGACGACCAGUAAACAACGGCCGGCGGGUCUUGGAGACUUACCGGAAAACUGUCUAGCUAUGGUUCUCGCAUGCUUAGACCCACCGGAUAUCUGUAACUUGGCUCGCACGAAUCGGGCUUUUUACCGUGCAUCGUCUGCUGAUUUCAUAUGGGAACCAAAGUUGCCGGAAAACUACCGGAAUCUUGCCGAGAAACUUAUAUUCUAUGAAGGGAGCUCCCUAAGUUUGGGGAAGAAAGACAUUUAUGCUGGAUUGUGUUGUCCCAUUCGCUUUUCCAGUGGUACCAAGGAAGUAUGGAUGGAGAAAAGAAGAGGAGGGAUAUGCAUGGUGGCUUCUUGGAAGGGGAUGAAGAUAACAGGCAUAGAUGAUCGAAGAUACUGGACCCACAUCCCUACCCUCCAAUCAAGGUUCCAUGCGAUUGCGUAUCUUCAACAAAUAUGGUGGUUAGAGGUUGAAGGAGACUUGGAAUUUGAAUUUCCGGCAGGGACUUAUAGCUUUUACUUCCGUCUACAACUCGGGAGGCCAUCCAAAGGAAAAAACCAGCAAUGCUCAGCUACUAGUAGUAGUCGGUAUGUCCAUGGUUGGAACAUCAAACCAGUUCGAUUUCAGUUUUCAGUAUCUGAUGGUCAACAUGCGACAUCAGAACGUUUUUUAAAUGAGCAAGGAAAAUGGCUACGCUAUCAUGUUGGGGAUUUUGUGAUUGAGGACUCGUAUAAACCUGUGAAAAUCAAGUAUUCGAUGACACAAAUCGACUGUACUCACCAAAAAGGUGGUUUGGCGUUAGACUCAGUGUUGAUAUGUCGCAAUCAAAUUGAAACAAGACGUUGACACGAUGUAAAUAUUUGUUAGGUUAAUUUGUGAGCAAUUUUUUUUUUUUUUUGUUGAUUGAUAAAUAAGACUAUCAAUAAACAAUUAUGAAUUUU